AUGGCUACCGUGAGGGGAGCGAAAUACAACAAAUACAAAGAUAACGGCACACUGACCGGAAAACGUUACGGACACGCUGUGUUCGACACGGAGCCCCUGGGACUGUCCCAACCGUAUGGGGCGCGAUGGUUCAGCACGGCGGAUGUUGAUGAAGCUGUGGCAGAAUAUGGUCAAUGGGGUCAAAACGAUCACAAGGGCUACGGCGUCUCGGUGAAGAAGAUAAUUGGCGCGGGUCGCUUUGGAAUCGUCGCACUUGUGCAUUGCAUCAACGAAAAGGGGGACACCCUCCCCUGUGUGUUGAAGCUGGAGAGAUACCGGCAUCAUGUCCAUGGAACGCUUGCACGGGAGGAAAAGGCCCUGACGAAAUUCAAAGGUGCAAAGCACAUUCUGCAACUCUUAGACGUCACACAGCUCAUCAAGUCGGAGAGAGCCACAAGCUAUGGCUUGUACGCAGCAGGUCACGUAGCCCCGGAUCCGUCACCACAGCUCUCUGAUGAAGAGCUAGACUGUGCAUGGAGCUUAGAUGACUUUGCUUGUCAGCCAAUCCGUAACUUCGUUUUUGUCGAGCAUGCGGCUCAGGGAGAUCUAAAUGUGUGGCUCAGCAAAGCCAGCCGUAGCAGGACUCCCUGGCCGGGGCUCAUCGGUAUGGGCUACCCUCCAAAGGAGGUUUUCGGCGGUGCGGAUCGACCAGAAUGGAAUUCCAACGAACCCAUCGAUGAGCACCUCCCGGAUGACUACCCCAUGAGCGAGUACUAUCCCCCCCAGCAGACGACUCACUUUGACCUUGAGCCGAGCAAUAUUCUAGCAAGCAGCAACGUGGAGAAUGGCAACAUGCCCAUAUUCAAGAUUGCCGACUUUGGGUCCGUCCAGUUCUUUGGCGAGUAUGCUACCAACCCAGCAUACUUUGACAAGGAGCUCUUCUGGAAGUGUCGAUUCAGCGGAAAGGGGAACUAUUUCACGCCUGAACAAUUCACCAGACAAUGGGAUCAUCUGGACUUGCAAACCUACUUGGCUGACGACAACCUCCCGAACCAUUUUGUGGCAGUAGAUGGCACCAAGCCCCCGGUUGCUGGCAACUAUGGAAUGCACUCCAAUAUCUUCCAGGUCGGCGUCAUUAUAUGGUGCGCCAUUACUCUCUGUGCUUUCCAGCCGCUCACGGCCAUGAACUACAGGCUCCCCGACGGCCAGGAAAUUGUUACAUGGGGAGGCGCCCUCCAAAACGAGCGGUUCAACGGCGUCGAUGAGGAGCUCAGGGGCCUCGUUCAGCGUUGUAUGGCAGAUGACCCGGUCCAACGGCCUUCCCUCGGCCUACUCAUGCGCAUCAUUGAGGAUCGGCUCGGUGCCAACGACCUCGGUUCCGAAGAGGCCGUGGCCACCUGGGCGCAGGAGUUCUUCUCCUCGCCCCGCAACCUGAAAGACAACGGGCGCAAGAGGAGGCAUCCUGGUGGCGACGACAACGACAACGAUGACGAGGACGGGGAUUCCCGGCGCCACGCGCCCCGUCAGAGGCUCGAAGCCGAGCCCAUGAUCCACGCCGCGUUCCAGCAGCCCAGGCGUGUGUCAAACGCGCUCAACCAGCGUCCCAGAGUUCAACACGGCGCGCUAGCCUUGCGUCCCGCGUCUGGUGCCAACCAGGGCAUGAGCGGUUCGAACGAAGCCGAAGCCGUCGACCCCCGGGUCUUUCAGGUACUGCAGGUGCCGCAGAUGCCGGAGUGGCAAGGAAUUUCGGCAUUCGGUGCGCAGCCGAACGUCUUCGACUUCAACUUCGGGGCUCAGAUGCCGCAGAUGCCUCAAAUGCCGCAGAUGCCUCAAAUGCCGCAGAUGCCUCAAAUGCCACAGGUGCCGUUACAAUGGCAAGAUAUUUCGCAGUUCGGCGUACAGCCGGACGCCUUCGAUUUUGGCGGUCAACAGAUGCAGCAGAACGUAGGUGCGGCAAGUUUUCAGCCGGGCGGGUACUUUAACGUACAUGCCCAGUACGGAGAGAAUCCUUUCCAGCCGCCACCGCAGCAGCAACAAUAA